AUGGCAGCACCAUUAUCCCCCGCAAAGGCCUACGCCAAAAUCCAACAAAUCCAACAAGGUCAAAACAAUGACCCCAAUACCGAACUUGCGAUUUUACGGAUUAGCGAACCAAUUACCUCGUCUUUAGAUGCCGCAGACUUUUCGCGAUCACUAUCCAAACGCGCUUCAGAUGCGUCGAUAAACCCAUCAGAGAACCCUACCCCCGCGUCGUUGGAGGCGGAUUUGACGCAUUACAAGGAAUUAUUCUCGAAACUGCGCUUUUCAUAUUUAGAACAGGUCACAAAAGAGAAGUUUUUACGAGCCAUUGUUGGAGAUCCGCCACUCGUCGUGGGCCAUAAUGAAAAUGUGGAGUUGGAGACAAAUUUGGCCGAAGUCAAACAGGAACUCAAAAACCGGAAAGAGGAAGUACGACUUAUGGUAGAAGAUAUGGAGAAGGUUGUUAGAGAAUUGGCUACACGGUAUAAAAACGUGCAGCUUCAGACGACACAACUGUCGACACUUCCUAAGGAAAUAGCCAAUUUAGAAAACACAAUUGCCACGCUACGGGCAUCACAGGCCCAGCACGCACUUGCAGCAGAUCCUAGCAAUCCAGCAUCCUCCCAAAACUUGUCGUUACCAGCAACCUUGUCGCUGCUUGCAGAACGGGAAGCAGAACUGGCCGGAAUUGAUCGACAAUUGACUUCAAUGCAUACAACCCUUCCUCGUAAAACGCGAGAAGCGGAAGCAAUGCAAAGGGAGCUGGGAGUUUUGGAGCGGAGAAAGACGGAGACUCUCGGCCAAGCGCGCGAGGCACAGAGGAAAAAGCUUGAGGGCGAGAGCGAUGGUCUGGAAGAGAUGGGUAGAUGGUAUCGCGGCGCUGAAGCCACUUUGAAGAAGUUGGUUGAUGUGGAGAAUUAA